ACGAGCCGAGAUAAGAAAAACUCAGUGAGAAUUCUAGAGAGAGAAAGCCGUGCUCCCAAACUAAUUAUAAAUAUAAAUUCUUUUUUGAUCUUUUGUCUAGACAGACAAAGGAAUCGAAUCUACUCAAAAAACCGACGCAAAAGUUAACGCUAAGCAAUUUUCGGUGUUUUUCAAAUUUUUUUAUUUGGUUUCAAUCGGUAACAUCAACUGCAGGAACUCCGUAAAAUCUCUCUUAACUUUUCGGAUUUUUAGAGGUUUUAAUUUGCUUAUACAAGAUGAACGAACAGCAAGCAGCGUCGAUGAUGAAUCAACAGCAGCAGCAACAUAUGAUGUGUAUGAGUCAGGGGCAGAUGAUGAAUAUUAACCCUCAUCAGCAGCAGAUACAACAGCCUCCCAUGAUGAACCGGAAAUAUGGGAUGUGGCCGCAGCCCCCUCAUCAGCCUAUUGUGGAUCAGUCGCAGUUGCAGUUCAACCCUAAUGCUAUGAAGCAUCAGGGGUUUAUGGCGGGGAAUCAAUCAAAGCCAUUAGGACCUCGAAAAAAUUGGAAGGGGAAAAAAGUGAGUAAGAAUGACAACCGAAGGAAAGAGAAGUCUCUUAUGGUUGGUAGUACUGCUGGAAUUGGAAAUGGCAGUGUGAAUGGAGGUCUGGUUGGUGCAUCUGCUCCAGGCAGUUAUCAACCUCCAACUCUUAAUGAACUACAAUGGCAGAACAGGUUAAAAGCUAGGAAAUUUUUUCCUAAAAAGAAGAUGCAUAAUAAUUACAAUAAUAAUGGUAAUAAUAAUAGUAACAAUAGGACUGCGCCCUAUGCUCCAAGGAAUACAACAUCUUUUCUCAUCAGGGCAAAGAAGAGUGGUGGUAUUGCUUCAUUGGUCUCACCCUAUCCUGUGACUCCUGCUGUGUUGCCAACACCCAUCCUCUCUCCAUCACGAGAAGUCUUGGUGGAUAUGGCAAAAGAGGAGUGGGGAGUGGAUGGGUAUGGAUCAAUGAAGGGUUUGAUUAGACUGAGGUCCCCUGGUCAGGAGUUGGAACACCAUGAAGAUGAUGAGGAAGAUCAGGGAGGGUCCAGUGAGAGUGAUGUCGAGGAACACGUGGAGGUGGAAAGAAGGUUGGAUCAUGACUUGAGCCGGUUUGAGAUGAUUUAUCCAAACUGUGGGGAAUACAAUAAUGUUUUAGAAAAUCGGGUUGAUGAUCAGGAUACUCAUAUUGCUCAACUAGAGGAAGAGAACCUAAUUCUGAAGGAGAGGCUGUUCUUGAUGGAAAGUGAGUUGGGUGAUCUGAGAAGGAGAUUGCAAAGUCUUGAGAGGCAUAAUCACAGCGGAGAGGAUAAUGAGGAGGUAGUGGAGAAUGAUUCUGAAAAUGACAGUGGAAGUCAUGCAGAUGCUCAUUCAAUGGAGGAUAACAACCUGGAAUUGGUUGCAGAGAACAUAGGAGUUGAUGUGAAAGGGAAAUUAGACAGUAUUGAUAAAGAUAUUAAAUCAUCUAGGAGAAUGAAAAAUGAUAUGAUGGAAACUGAGCAUUGGAAUCAUGAGAUUGUUGAAGCUGCUAAGACCAAAGAAAUUGCUGCAGAAUGUGAAAGUGAGAAGAUUGAUGAGGAUUUGGAAGGGAAAGAAGUGAACAAACAGCAGAAUAUUGAAGUGAAGGAAGAUGUGGAUCUAGAAGGGAAAGAUGUGAACAAGCAGCAGGGUAUUGAAGUAAAGGAAGAUAGAGAUUUGGAAGGAAAAGAAGGGCACAAGCAGCAUGAUGUUGAAGUGAAGGAAGAUGGUAGUAAACCCAAAAUCGAAGCAUCAUAUAGUGUAGCUGCUGAAGAUGUUAAUAUGCUAGAAGCUUGUCGUGCAGAGGAUGACAUUAAUGCACAGAUGCAACCCAAGAAUGAGGCUGAGGGAAAUGAAUGAUCAGCGAAGAGCAUUGGCAGUGGGCACAUCCCAUGUUAAUGUAAGCCUCUUCCCUGAAAUUUCCUCUCCAUUUUAGUUGAUGAUACCCACAAUUCUUGAUAAUGUAUUUGGAAUUGAAUGAUUAGAGAAGUGCCUUCUCUACUGGUACUGGGUGCCUUGUCUAACUGUCCAGUGUUAAUGGGAGCCUCUUCAUUGAUUGUGCAUAUCAGUUAGCCCUUUCAUCUUCGGACCAGGAAAGUCUCUCAAAUGCAAAAAUGGCUUUGUUCAUCUUGUGACAUCAGAUAAUGUCAAGUGCAUAGAUCUUGUCUAUUCUGUCCUGUUUUGUUAUUUAUGAACUUUAUUUUGGUGUUAUGUAGAAGGAGGGAUAUUUUAGCUAGAUUUGUAGGGUGCUUUAUGCAACCUGUAUCCUGGCAGAAACAUUGAUAUGUAAUAAACUGGAAAUAGUGAACAUUGUACUGCUUUAAUUUGUUGUAUGAAGCCAACCCUACAAACUAAAUCAACCUUUGUUCUAUAAAUUUCAACGUUUGUAGCA